AUGGCUGCGCCGGCGGACGUCACGCUGCGUUCCCUCAGCGGGAAAUGGGCUCUGAACAAAUCCCUCUCCGGAGACACCGAGGCCGUGCUGGAGGUGCAGGGCGUCAACUGGGUGACGCGCAAGGCGAUCGGCAGCGCGGCCGUCACCCUGACCAUCAAACAGUACACCGACUCCGAGACGGGCCUGACGCACGUCGACAUCGACCAGAGCAGCUCGCUGGGCGCCGGCACCCAGGAGCGGCGCGUGCUCGACUGGACCGGCCGCGAGGCCAACAACCCGCUGUUCGGCCGCGUCCAGGGCAAGACGCGGUGGGCGACGCUCGCCGAGCUGGACGACGACUUCCUCAAGGAGGGCUUUGAGGACGGCACGACUGAGGUGAUCCACACGUGGACCGAGCAUCUCGACAGCGGCGCCACCACGCAGCAGGCCUGGGGCUUUGAGAUCAUCGACGGCCAGCGCUACUAUGUGCGGCACGUUGUGGCGCGCAAGGGCGACCAGGUGGCGCGCAUCAAGAUGGUCUAUGACUGGCAGGGCAAGGAGUAG